AUGUCUGGUUCGACCCGGAAAGAAAUGGAUCGGAUCAAAGGACCAUGGAGUCCUGAGGAAGACGAUCUGUUGCAGACGCUGGUUCAAAAGCACGGACCAAGGAACUGGUCUCUGAUAAGCAAAUCGAUCCCUGGACGUUCCGGUAAAUCUUGCCGGUUACGGUGGUGUAAUCAGCUUUCUCCGGAGGUCGAGCACCGUGCUUUCUCAGCGGAGGAAGACGACACGAUUAUUCGCGCUCACGAGCGGUUCGGUAACAAGUGGGCGACGAUUGCUCGGCUUCUCAAUGGUCGUACCGAUAACGCGAUUAAGAAUCAUUGGAACUCGACGUUGAAGCGGAAAUGUAGCGGCGGUGGUGGUGGUGUGAUGUCCGUCGAAGGGUAUGAUGGUAAUUUAACGGAUGAACAGCCGUUGAAACGGACGGCGAGCGGCGGAGGAGGAGUUGUGUCGACGGGGUUAUUUAUGAGUCCCGGAAGUCCAUCGGGAUCUGACGUCAGUGAGCAAUCAAGCGGACCUGUUUUGCCGUCUACUCAUGUGUUUAAGCCGACGGCGAGAGCAGGUGGAGUGGUGAUUGAUUCGGCGGCGAAAGAUCCGGCGACUUCUCUGAGUUUAUCUCUUCCUUGGGUCAACGAGUUGACUCAGGAGGCGGACAGGGGAAGAGACACGGUGGAGCUGUUCCCGGUGAGGAGAGAAGAAGAAGAAAGACGGAUUUAUGGAUUUAGUGGGGAUUUCAUGACGGUGGUGCAGGAGAUGAUUAAGACGGAGGUGAGGAGUUACAUGGCGGAUUUACAGAGAGGACACGGCGGUGGAAACGGAGGAGGAAGUUCGUGUAUGGUGCAAGGAGCUAAUAGACGUAACGAAGGGUUUAGAGAGUUUAUUGGGGUAGGGAAGAUCGAGUAG